AUGGCCUUCGAAGUCGACAUUGAUAGACAAGCAUCUCGUAUAAGAGCUCUGAGCGACACAUCUUCGAUCCCACCCUACAUCCCCGUCGCAUCCCCGUCCGCUAAACGGAAACGAGACGUUCUCCUCUACAUUACUCCAGUAUCUACGAAUUCUUCGUUCAAUAGCUCUUUGGCUACUUCUUUUGGGAGCGACGGGUCGUGUGACGGGGGUGGGAAGGCAGCGGCUAGACCCAGGGUGGAUAGUGAGGAUAUGAAACAUGGAGCCGCUAGUACAGGAAUAAUGUCAAGCCCACCACAGUCGGAGGCUCCAUCACCUCGAACUCGAGUCGCCAACAAACUCGAGGGGUUGAAUCUUAGUAGCAAUGACGAUGGAAAUGAGCCGUCAAAAGCUGCGAAAACAAUAAAGGCUUGGAGAAGGCCUGGCGGGCUAAGCAAACUAACGGGCCUACCAGAAUCAAAGGCAAAUGGAAACGACAGUAAUAAGACCGAUAUAUCUAUGACGGUGGGAGAAGAUGAAGACUCGGAUCCCACCAGGACGCCUAGAAAGAAGAGAGUAGUGAUAUCUAACGCUGAUGUUGAUAAGAGCCCAAGAGAUGUUACCAGCACGCCGAAGAAAUGGAAGAGUAAAGGGAAGAUCAUGUUCAAGGAGCCUGACGAGCUAGAAAUGACGACUUCUGAUGAGUCUUCGACGAAGUCUACGCUACAUAGGGACGAGUCGGACAUCCCACUCGUCAGUACUGGUUUAGAUGAACCCGUUACCUUUGUUGGGAGCUCUAAACAGGCCCAAUCCUCGAGAAGGAGGUUAAAGAGUCCACCACCUAUCAUAGAACAAAACGACGAAGCUCAGCGGCCUGCUGGAGAGCUAGAUACAGAUUCGGAUCCAGACGAGACAGGAAUUGGGUACCGGCCAACAGCCCAACAGCGCGAGAUACGCAACCAAAAGCGAAUGCAGCAGAUUAAAGAAUACAAAGCACGGGAAUCGAGAGAGGCUCGCGCGAAACGGACAGCUGAAAGACGGCGAAGAAAUGUGACCGAUAGGGGGGAAUCUGCCACUUCUUCUGCAUCGAGUCUUCUCCCUACAGCCCCACCUGAAACCGACGAAAUGGUUGAUGUUCAAAACUCCGGUCCUGGAAAACGGGUUCACUUUGCGGACUGA